AUGGCGGAGGACCAUGAAGUACAGUCCGUCGCAGAAGAUGCGGUUCCCGUCGAAUCCCUCAUCGAGGGACGCGCCAAACGCAGCACAGCCGGACGGCUGAUGUCCUCCCUACUCGACGCCGAAGCAGACGAUGACCUAGCCCUUUUGUUCGAGGAAAUCGAGGAUGACAAUGAAUUCGACGCGGCAGCAGACGAAGAAGGGGCGGAGGAGGACGAUAUGGGGAUGGAUUCUUCGUCGGACGAUGACGACGACCAAGGCCCGAAUGCCCGGGCCGACGACUUUGAGGGCGAGAAGCAAAUCGAGAAGGAGGAGAAGGCCGAAAAGAAGAAGCGCCGGGCCCAGCAAGAUCUCCGAUUCAAGAUCGCAAGCAAAAAAGUCAAGAUCGACCCCACCGCUGUCCCAGCCGCAGCCGCAGCCGCGCCGGCUCCUCGACCGAAAAAGAAAUCGGAGCGGAUCUCAUGGAUCCCUACACAAGAUGAGGGGCCUACGCGGUCGUCUUCUCGCCGGCAGACUAUGCAGAAUAAAGAAAUCACGCAUGCACGUCUCAAGGAUAGUGAAGAGAAGCGGGUUCGGCUGAUUGCUACUAUGGAGGAGGCAGCCAAACGAAAGGCGCAAUUCAAGCCAAAACAGAUGACUCAGGCAGAACGACUUGCCGAGGCCGAGAGAGUGGAACGGCACAACAGUAAAAGCCUCAAUCGGUGGGAAGAAAUGGAAAAGAGGAAGGCGGAAGAAAGACAAGCGAAGAUCGAAGCGCUUCAAAAUCGCCGCCUCGAAGGACCAGUCAUGUCCUACUGGAGUGGUGUCGCUACUUGGGUAAAUGGUCGCAUAACGCGCCUUGGUAAAGUUGAUGUCACGCCCAAGCCAGAGAAAGAAGAAAAUACUCGCAGGAAGAGCAAGAAGCUGGAAAAAGAGGGUAAAAAUGUGACAGAGCAAAAACCUACUGAGGAUGCUACUGCUGCAGAAUCUGCCACGUCGCAAACCGCCCCUCCCUCAACCUCAGAAUCUACUGCAAAUCCAGCACCACCUGCUGAAGGGGAACCUGCAAAACAGGAUGGAGAUACUCCUCAAAUCCAACAAACGAACAGUGAUUCCUUGAAGGAAGGGGGCGAAAAUGCAAGUGCUGAUACUGCCGUGAAUCCCGCACCUGCAGCUCCAUCAGCCGCGGCCAAUCAAUCCUCUACUCCCGCGGCAGAUAAUGCACAAGUUCCCGAAACGACCCUGGAAGCACAGGCAGGGGGGGAUAUUGCAACACAGCAACAAAAAGAAACUGCUCCGGCUGAAACGACGACUGAGACACCACCCACGGAGGAGGUAGAAGUGACCAAGCCAAAUGAGAAGGUGGAAGAAUCUUCAGGGGAGCCAUCCCAAGAAGCGCAAGAGCAAUCCCAAUCACUGAACGACGUCACAUCUAAACCUGAUCAGCCAGCGAAACCGGAGCAAGCGCCCGCAGAGGAAAAAUCAGACGAGGCAUCCAAAGCAGUGGUCGCUGAACCAGCUGCAGCUGCCAACGCUGCUUCUAAGGGCGCUACGGCACAGAAAGCGGUUUCUCCUGCUGCUCCGGAUACCACUCCGGCUGCAGCUGCACAACCUGCCCAACAAGCGGGAACACCUGCUCCAGAACAGAAAGAACAGGAAUCGCCUACAAUACACGUCGAUCAGACGGCUACCGCGAAUGAGGAUAUGCCACAACCUGAAAUCCCUCAGCCCCCACCAGUCAUUGAACAGACGGGACGAAGCCUAACUGUGCUGGAGAACUUUGACGAUAAAACUGCGCAGAGUCGGGAAUUUAGUAUCUAUUUCAACGCUAAGAAACCCCCCAGACUAACUAAGAUAUCGUCGUCUCUCUGCGUCAUCACAUCCCUCCCAUCACGCUAUCGAGACCCGGAAACAUCUCUGCCUUUCGCCAACGCGUAUGCGUAUAAUGAAAUUCGACAUACCGUGGCGCAAAAGUACGCCUGGAGCCCUAUGCUCGGAUGCUAUGUGGGACCUACCCAGGUUGCGGCGCGUGGAGUCCCGGAACGGUUUUUAGGAGGUCCACAGGCCGCGUCUGAUGGCAAGGAUAGUGAGCAAAAAGAGAGCGGUGGCAAUGCUGAACCUGCCCCUACCGAAAAGGAUAAGGAAGGUGAUACAAACCCUUCCGGUGAUGUUCCCAGCGCAUCUAAACCGGCACCUCCUGCAACACCAACACCUGUCACAACGGAUGCCGGUGACCCAAUGGAAGUCGACUAA